GGCGAUUGGGCUUCUGACCUCUACAACUCCUGCUGUCUUAGCAAGUAUUUUUGUCCAAACCGACAACAGAUCCAAGAAUCAGAGCAAUUCCUUCUAUCUAUCAUAUCAUCGAUUAGACACGUCCAGAAUGCGCUUCUUCACCACCCUCAGUCCGCUGCUCCUCGCCGUCGGCGCGGUCGCGCAAAACUCCUCCAGCUCCAGCUGCUCGCCCUCCUCGUCGGACGUCCAGGUCGUCGAGUACGGCUACGCGCUCUCCUACUUCCUGGACCGCUUCUACAACCAAGUCGCCCUCAACCAGACCUUCCUGAGCGGCGCCACUAAUGACUCCGACGCCGAGUACUACCCCAACUUCCAGGGGAUGCAGCGGCUGAACCGCCUGGCCGUGCGCGGCGUGCAGCAGCUCGGGGCCAAGACCUCCGGCUUCACGGCCCCCAACUGCAGCUUCACCUUCCCCAGCGCCAACAGCGGGGAGGCCUUCGUCCAGACUGCCCUGACCCUUGAGUCUUCCGUUGCGGGCGCCUACAUCGCGCUGGCCGGAUACACCCAGGCCCCCGAGGUCUCGUUCCUGUGGGCCCGUCUGGCCGCCGAGCACACCGCACAUGCCUACUAUCUGGCCAGCAACCAGGAGGACAUUCUCUUCCCGGCCAACAGCUCCGGGCUUGUCCCCGCCUACAGCCCGGCCUUCGUGCUGUCCUCCGGCAGUCAGAAGGGCCAGCUGGGCCGCUACCUCGGCGGCUGUGUCUCGGCGCCCCCGGCCCCUUGCGGUCAGACCCUGUUCAUCGGUCCCAUUGGGGCCACUCUGACGGCCAAUGUCUCCGCCAGUGCGGCCGCUUCCAGCUCGGCCUCGCUCGCCGCGUCGGCGACUCCUUCUCCCAGCUGGGCAAAGAGAGCGCUCUUCUAAGCCAGGGGAAGCAAGAAAACGCAGUUCCAAUCAAGCUCGCUUUGUGGUUAGUCUGUUCCGGUUGAAGGACGUGUUUGGGUGCAAGAGUGGAGAGAGAUCAAUGGAGUUUGGGUGGAACGGCAAUAUCUGUGGAAGACCAUUCCUGUGUAAUCAUUUAUUUUUCUUUAAUUAUUAGCCUUCCGACUACUGUGAAUGAAUGUCAAGAUAUGACCAAGAUCUGGCACUUUUGCCCAUCUAGGUCUAUGACGACUUGCGGUCUGCAAAUCUGAGUAGAUCCGAGUAGACCCGAGUGCAGAGCAGUCUAUGCCUGAGGGGGACCAAACCCCUCUUGAGGGAACAUUUCGGUGACG